CGCUAUUGCUAUCGGACACAAAUAUAUCUUUCAAGGCAAGCAUCUGGUUCUUCUUCCAUCGCUUUUUGUCAAAUCCGGCCUUUAUUCGUCGUCGUAGGACCGGCAGAUUAGGAAUCGAGUAAAGUACCGACUACCAAGGUAAUUUUUUUCCAGUUGGAAGAAUAUCAUUCCACGUUUUACAGGUUUCGUCCCAAUCUUUUAGCGGUGUGUUCGUAAAAAUAUUGCCGUUUUCGGAAUAAGGCGGAGCAAAAAUGGAGAGCUACCUGAGCAAGAACUUCGGCGACGUAAAGCCAAAGAACUCAUCGGAAGAGGCUUUACAGAGAUGGAGAAAUCAAGCUCUGCUGGAUCGUCAAGAGUAAAAAACGGAGGUUCCGUUUUACUGCCAAUCUAUCCAAACGAUAUGAGGCUGAGGCGAUUCGUUGUUCCAAUCAGGUUUUCUUCUCUUUCCUUUGGAUUUUCUAUUUUUUUUUCUUUUAUAUAGUUUCGCGGUUGCUUAAUGAGGAAACUGAGGAGAAGAGGACUAAGCUGUAGCUCCUGCUAAAUUUAGCAUAGUUUAAUGUGUAUUUGAAAUUUAUGAUUUUUGAUCUUUAAAUCAUAAGUUAAAUAAAAUAUAUGUGUUUAG